GACAGCAUGAUCCAGACGCGCCGCCCGUUCUAGCACUUUCACUUGGCUCCCUGUUCACAUUCAGCUGGCAGAAGUUGGGCCAAUGAUCCAUCGAUUCAACUUGGAAGCUUCAAGGCUGGGAGGUUGAUGAACUUGCCAGCUUGCUUGGGUGGACACACAGUUUACCAUGACUUCCCUUACACGGCGUCUGGGCUGCCUGCUCGGCGUGCUUUCCGUGGGCACUAGCCUAGUCCAUGGCCAGGCCAUAACCACAGUCAACGGCGAAGAGGUGACCAUGUUGACGGGCACAAAGGCUGAACACACGACCUCAUCGAUACCAACCAAUCUAUAUCAGACAUACACCACACGCAUCACGCUUGGGACGACUACAGACACAGCAUCAUCCAUCCUCGCUUCGGUUUCGGGAAACGCCACCGAUACCGCGCUCUCUUCAGAAUCGGCUUCCGAGACUUCCAGCGCAACGCUGAGCUACCUGACGGGCACCAACUCGCACUCGACGUCGACCUCCAACGCCACUGCGUCGAGCACAGAAUCUGCGCAGCCCGUGCCUACGAACACACGGCCGUGCAAUAACUAUCCCGAAUUUUGCGACCGCAAGUACAGCAACAUCACCGAGGUCGGUUGCCACAACAGUCCCUUUGUCAGGGCGAAUUCCGCUGCCGCGAACCAACAGCUCGGCGUCGUCGAUCAGCUCAAUGAUGGCGUCCGUUUCCUUCAAGCCCAGAUUCAGUGGGCUAAAAACGAUACAGUACCGCACUUCUGUCACACCACGUGCGAUCUUUUUGAUGCCGGUCCCAUCACCGAAUGGCUCACCACCGUGAAGGACUGGGUCGUGGCCCACCCCUAUGACGUCGUCACCAUUUUGCUUGGCAACGGCAACUACUCAACGCCCGACUUCUACGUUCCCCAUAUCGAGAAGACGGGCAUCCUCCGCUACAUCUACACCCCGCCUGUUAUUCCCAUGACACUCAACGACUGGCCGACCCUGUCACACAUGAUCCUGACUGGUCAGCGCGUGGUCAUGUUUAUGGACUACAUGGCCAACCAGACAGCCUAUCCGUGGCUUCUGGACGAGUUCACCCAGAUGUGGGAGACCCCGUUCGAUCCGGUCGACCGAAACUUCCCAUGUGUCGUCCAGCGACCGCCCGACCUGCCGGCCGACCAGGCCAAGAAUAGGCUGUAUCUGAUGAACCACAAUCUGAACGGGGAGGCUAACCUGCUUGGAAACGUCCUCAGUGUGCCGGACCUGAGUCGGAUCAACGAGACGAACAGCGCGGAGGGCUUUGGAAGUUUGGGAUUGGCGGCAAACAACUGUCGGUCGGAUUGGGGCCGCCCGCCCAACGUGCUCAACGUGGAUUACUACAACAUGGGAGACCCUCCCGGAAGCGUGUUUGAGGCGGCGGCGAGAGUCAACAAUGUGACGUACAACAGGAAGUGCUGUGGUGUGGCGGCCAGCUCGGCUCAGAGAAUCGAGGCCAUGUUGAAGGUGCCUCUGACUCUGGGUUUGAUAUGGGCUGCUUUCUGGACACUGGUUUAAGAAUCACGUUGUAACCGUAUAUGUCGGUGGCUGGUUGCCUUUCUGUUUUCGAUUCACAUCUGGCUCACACCGGAUGUGUUUAGCAUUCGCAUGGCGUUUCGGUUCUGGUUAGGGGAAGACGGACAGAAAUCUGGAAAUAGAAUUAGUUGUUAUGAAGACACUGUUGAUCAGACUGUUCCCUCCCAAACUCCUCGUCCCGAU